GUGAGGGAUAAAUAAUACGGAGAGAGAGGAACAGACGGAGCGGCACAAAGGAGAGAUCAGAGUGUUGUGCGGGAGGGCGAGAUAGAGGGAGAUGCAGGCAGUGGCCUAGAUGUGCGAAUCGCCAAGAGUUGCUCUUUCUGGUUCAGUGGAUGGAGGCUGUUCUCGCGCAGGGAGGACUAUAGAAAAUAUGGGGAGGUUUUACGUGGUUUGUUGAAGGCUACACAGUGAAACAUUACUUUUUCCAGUACGUGUUUUCGUUCAUUCGUGUUCUGUAUUUUUAUGUGGCCUACUUUAUGUGUGUUUUGGGGAGAAAUGGGUCAAUAAUUUCGAGGCGCGCAAGCAGUAGCGCACAGUCCCACACACUGCCGCGCGUUAUGGCUCACUCUGUCAAACAUGGUGUAUGAAAAUGCACUGAACCUUUCACAUUUACACACUGUGAACAUAUAGUUCACGCCGCUCCCUUCGUACCCGCUGUGUGAUGACGAUGGAAGUGGAAGCUGACAGCGGCAGAGGUAUAUCGAGGAGCGCUCGUGAUAAAUGCCCGCGGGCGGUGGAGCGCAACGGCUACGUGAAAACAUGUGUCACCCCUCUGUAUCAGGACGCGGGCUGCCAGUCGUGGCUGAGACUCGCAGAUAUAUGGAGUUCCCUAAGACUUUCGUCCGCGGUGUGUGUGGGCUCUGUUUCGGUUAUUCUUGCUUUGCUGGUCAGAUUGGUGGACUGGGACGUGGAGCAGCAGAGUUGCAGCAGUAACAGCAAGAAUAACGGCGAGUCUGGUUCUCUAGUUCAUUUCGUGGCGACCUGUGUGGUGGAACUGUUGUUGAACGUUUGGUACCUCGUGUCCCCCGUCUUCACUCUCGUAUGUGCCUUCUUUUGGGUUGGCUUGUACCUGAUCCGCUGCGGGGUGCUGAUCCGGACCGCGGUGUUCCUGUUGGCAGUGUGUCAUUUCGGCGAAGCCGCCGCGCAGUCUCUCCUGCACGGUGCGGAGGACCAGUUGUUGUCUUUCACCGCCACGGUGGUGGUUCUAUCCUGUCUAGCCGUCGGGGCGCUGAUGGUGGUCAGACUCGGACAGGGGGUUUCCGUUAUCGUCUUCAUCAGUAUCAUCAGAACUGUGUCUCUCAUCUCCCUCAACAAGAUCCGGGCCAGCUGGAGACCCUACCUGGCGUACCUGGUAGGAGUGCUGGGGGUCCUGCUAGCGAGGUAUGCUGACCGGCUCCUGACGGGCUCAGUGCCACUCGGGGCGGGUUGUAGCUACGUGACAGCGGGGAAGGAAGAGAAUAUAAUUCCCGUGUUUAAAAGGCGACGGAGGUCCAGUUCAGUGCUCUCUUCAGACAUGGCGCACAGUCACAGCAACAGCAAGUCCCACCGAAGGACCUCACUCCCAUGCAUUCCACGGGAACAGAUGAUCUCACAGACUGAAUGGGACCACAAGAGAGGUGCCCGGGGAUCCCAGUCGUCGGGUACCGGUGUGGUGGUGGACAUAGCGGUGAUGGGGGAAGCCCAUGGAUUGAUCUCAGACCUGCUGGCAGACCCCUCUCUGCCCCCCAACACUUGCAGUUCCCUGCGGGCUGUCAGUAACCUGCUCAGUACCCAGAUCAGUUUGCAGCCACUGCACCGGCCUCGAAUCAACCCUCUGCAGGCACUCAGCGACACACACACCUGCUCCGACUCAGAGGACUGGCCAGAGAGAGAGAAACUGGCCAUCCCAAAGCGUCUGCGACGGAGCCUGCCUCCAGGCCUGCUGAGAAGGAUCUCCUCUACAUGGACCACCACCACCUCAGCUACAGGUCUUCCCACCAUAGAACCAGGACCUGUACGCAGAGACCGCUCUGCCAGCAUCAAACACCUCCACGACAGUCCACCAUGCAGCAUGGUGAACAGUGAGUCGUGGAACAGCUCUGUAAUGCUCACCAUCUCGAAGAGUCGCUCCAUGUCUGCCUCCUACUCUGCUUCAGCCACCUCCAACCACCUCUACAACAGACGCAUGACCAGACCAGGUUACCCCCCCUCCAAUAUAUCCCCUCUGGCCUCUCCCUGCCACUCCCCUCCGGUCCAGGGGACCCCUGUCUCCAGCCCCACCACCAAGUCCUGCUCUGUGGACCUACCGGACCCUGUGGACAGCCAGGGAGAGAGGCCUGUGGACCCCCAGGCCCCACACAGAGCAUUAACACACAGCAUCAGUGCACCUAGCUCCACCACACCGCACUGGGGGCCACCAUCUCUCUGCAUCAGCUGUGGUAGACCGUACAGCAGGCUGAGCCAUGGGGAGGGAUCUAUGGACAAAGGGGACAGACCUCACCCUGAUGACCCGGCAGUGGCGUCGUCAGACUGUGAGAGCACCUACGAGACCAACCACAGUGACAGCAGUGACUUUGCACAGAACGAGGAGGACGGGGAGGGGGCCAAGAAGCCCUCGGACACCCAGGACGGAUGCAGGUCGUACCAGCCUGAGGGCAUCGUCCUGCAACCCCUAAUGCCACCUCCAGAGGACACACAGCCUAUCCUGGACCCAGAGCCUCUGGUGAUGUCAGAGCUGGAUCCUCUGAUGACUCAACUCAACAGCUGGAACUUCCCCAUCUUCAACCUGGUGGAGAAAACACAUGGCCGCUCAGGAUGCAUCCUCAGCCAGGUUUCCUACCGCCUGUUUGAGGACACGGGACUGUUUGAGACGUUCAAGAUUCCUGUCAAGGAGUUCAUGAACUAUUUCCAUGCUCUGGAGAACGGAUACAGGGAUAUCCCAUACCACAACAGGAUCCAUGCCACUGACGUGCUCCAUGCCGUGUGGUACCUCACCACCCAGGCCGUGCCAGGCUUGCCCAACCUCCUCACAGACCACAGCUCUGACUCUGACUCUGACAGUGGGCUCCUCACCCCCAGCCAUAUAGGCCAUACAGGGUUCCUGGUCUCUAAGAUGUCUGCGGUGAUGGAGGAGGGUUAUGGAUGUCUGUCUGGCCUCAUCCCAUCCCUGGAGCUCAUGGCUCUGUAUGUGGCUGCAGCCAUGCACGACUACGACCACCCUGGACGGACCAACGCCUUCCUCGUGGCGACUAGCGCUCCUCAGGCCGUGCUAUAUAACGACCGCUCUGUGUUAGAGAACCACCACGCUGCGUCGGCCUGGAACCUGUUUAUGUCUCGGCCAGAGUACAACUUCCUGGGCAACCUGGAGCAUGUGGAGUUCAAACGCUUCCGCUUCCUGGUCAUCGAGGCCAUCCUCGCCACCGACCUCAAGAAACACUUUGACUUCCUGGCAGAGUUCAACGCCAAGGUGGGUGAUGAUGGCUGCUCGGGCAUCGACUGGUCCAAUGAGAACGACCGGUUGCUGGUGUGUCAGAUGUGCAUCAAACUGGCGGACAUCAACGGCCCACUGAAACACAAGGACUUGCAUCUACAGUGGACCGAGGGCAUCGUCAAUGAGUUCUAUGAACAGGGCGAUGAGGAGUCGAGUCUGGGCCUUCCCAUCAGCCCCUUCAUGGACCGCUCUGCGCCACAGCUCGCCAAGCUCCAGGAGUCCUUCAUCACGCACAUCGUGGGGCCGCUCUGUUCCUCCUACGACUCUGCCGCCCUCAUGCCGGGGAACUGGGUUGACCCCGCCGACGCACGAAGGACGGAGGGAGAGGAGGUGGGGGAACGAGAGACAGAGGAGGAAGAGGAGGAUACAGCAGAGGAGGAUGUGUCGACUAGCUCUGAGAGUUCCCAGAAGCACGUGGUGAAGCUUAAGAAGAGCAGGAGGAGAGUGUUCUGUCCCAUCACUCAGCACCUUCUGGACAACCACGAAAUGUGGACAAGAGUCAUCGCCUCGGAAACCCGGGACACACCGGACAGAGAGGCGCCUAACUGCCUCAGCAACCCCGCCGAGCCAAUCACAGCCAUCCACGAGGAGGAGGAUGAGCCAGCCAGUAAGGAGGAGCCAAUAGAUGGCCAGGUAGAGGAGACAGAAGGGGAAGAGACGGGGCUUGCAGAGGAAGAGGAAGUGGUCGAGCAAUCGGAGACUGCAGAGAAAAGGGAGGAGGAGUUGGAGAGAGAGGAUUAUAGUUGACCCUAAGACCAGGAAACGGAACGUUUAUCCAAACUCAUACCCUCUCCCAAAUAGACUUUCUGACUCAUGUCAGAAAUGAUAACCUAUUCCUCAUGUGGUGCACUAGCUGGCCAAAAAUAGUGCACUAUACAGGGAUUGGGGUGUUGUUUGAGACGCAGACCCUGAUAACCCUGAUAUUUGGUUGCCAGCAAAUCACUUAGACACAACACUGUAGAAGUUUGGAGUAACAUGUGCCUAAAGAAAACAAGGUGGAGGGAGGGAGCGGAAGCUGAGGUUGAGGUGGGAUUUAUUGUUUUACUACUAUAUUGGAUCAGGUUUCCAUUUCAGAAUCCCUCUCCCUGACGAGGUGCCCGCAAUGCAGUACGGGACCACAGAACACUGACCCCACUGCCAGCCUCAAAACACAGCCGGCCAUACAAGUGGUCCGCAUCCACCUGACCGCCCUCACAGAACCAGGGUGUACAAAGUGGACAGUACUGAACAGACAGUACAAACUCUAGCUCCUGAGGACAAUGAGAUGAAAGUGCGGGAAAAUGCUGUGUCCGCUCUGUGUUGGUUCUCGGGAGAGGACUGAGGACUAGGGAGAGGAAGGCCAGUGUUGAUACAGAGUGUGCUCACACACACACAUGGAGGCAAACACACACACACACACACACAAACCCAUCAGAAGAUUUGCUAGCUACCCCAGAGGGAAUGGGAAGUCUAACAUAGAACCCUGGAGCUCUGAAAAAAAGCUUUAUACUCAGUCAUGGAAAAAAAAUCCACAGCACAGUGUUUCUUCACAUUCUUCAUCUCUCUCAUUGUUCCCAAUUUGACCAUGUUUCCUCUCUUUCUUUCUUUCUGUCUUUCUUU